AUGGUUUCGCUUCAUCCACUAGUGUGUCCUACGUCACUUUCCUCUUCUUCCUCCCAUUUUUUCAGAUCCUCCCUUUGGUCUACCUGCUACCGCUCCGUAAGUUUUGCCCCGAAACGAAGGAACAGCUUCAUAACUGAGCAGCAACCUUCUCUCUCCUGCAAUGCUUCGUGGCAAGAGCUCGUCGGAGUUUUACUUUUCUCAGCGGUUCCAUUCACUGCCGUGAAAGCCAUAGCUAAUAGUCCGCUAGGCAAGUCGCUCCGUAGGAAAAUGGAGGAGAGAAAAAAAUUUGCUGUGGAAAACUCGUCUAAAUUCAAGGCCUUAGCCAACAAGGCCCGAAAGGAGAGCUUUUGGUAUGGAGAAGAUCGACCUCGUUGGCUUGGUCCCAUAUCAUAUGAAUACCCAUCUUAUCUUGCUGGGGACCUACCCGGGGAUUAUGGCUUUGACAUUGCCAUGCUAGGCAAGGAUCCUGUGGUACUGCAGAAAUACUUCAAGUAUGUCAUAUUUUGA